AUGGCCUGGCCGUGCAUUACGCGUGCUUGCUGCAUCAACCGCUUUUGGACCGAGCUGGACAAAGCGGACAUCGCGGUGCCUUUGGUUUUCACCAAAUACUCGGAUGUGGCCGACGUGCAGCACCUUCCCCAUCACCCGCAGCCGAAACAGAAGAGGGCCGGUGCCAUUGCCAUAGAAACGCAGCCCCAUCCCGGCGAGCAGGAGGCAGGGAAGGCACCGCCCGCGACGGGUGCCGCAGCGUGCAAAGAUGGCUCUACUGCGUCCGUCAUGCGCCAAGACUUCAAGGCGUGGAGAGUGCGCCCCGAACCCAGCUGCAAACCCAGGAAUGAGUACCAGCGCUCGCCGGCCCCGUUCAACAACGAAACUCAGUAUCAGAAGGACUACAAGCCCUGGCCUAUACCGAGGAAGCACGACCACCCCUGGAUCCCCAAACCGAGCCCCACCAGCACCUCCGGCGGCCCGGAGCGGAGCGCGCCGAGCAAGCUGGAGCACGCGGCGGUCGAGGCCGAGAGCGGCGUGGAGAAGAGCGAGCUCGAGGAGAAAACGCAGGAGAAGGAGCCCAAGGAGGCGGUGAAGAAGAGCGCGAGGAGGGAAAAGUCGGCCGAGAGAGCAGCGGGCGAGAAGACGGAGGCGCAGGUGGCCGCAGAGGCGAGCGCCGAGCAGAGGAAAGGCAGAGCGGCUGCAGACGCUCUCAACAGGCAGAUAAAGGAGGUGAUGUCGACUUCCAGCAGCUACAGGACUGAGUUCAAGGCAUAUAAGGAUGUGAAACCAGUGAAGCCCAUCAAAGCUCCGUCUCAGUACAAACCCCCAGUGGAGGAGACCAGUCUGGAAACCAGCUACAGCGCCACAUUCAAGGGGGAGCAGGUGAAGGCUCAGCCCAGCGACAACAAGGUGGUGGAGCGCCGGAGGAUACGCAGCCUGUACAGUGAGCCCAGCAAGGAGCCUGCCAAGGCGGAUAAACCAGUGUCUCGCACCAAACCAAAAAAGACACCGACAACGACAACAGGGAAGAUGGUGAAAAAAUCUAAAGAGAAGCAGAUUGCUAGUUCCCAGUCAGCCAAGAAGAAGCCGUCUUUGGGCGCCGCAGAACCCAAACCAGAUGGGGUUGUCACAAAGAAGAGCAAAGAGAUCAGCAAUAGACUGACUGAAGCGAAGCAGUAA